GUCUGUGGCUGUGGCUGAUAGAUAAAAUGAAAACUAUGUAUUGAAAACUGAAAAUAAAUGCAACAUUAUUUUGUCCUCAAUAAAUUGUGAUAAGAAUUAAUUUAUUUUGCUAUCAAUACUAAAAUAAGUGGAAUUAAUUUAGCCGAAUUUAUUUAUUAUAUGCAGAUUUUGUAAAAUCAAGCGAUAAUUUUGUCAUAACCUAAAGUGUUUUAUCGCAUAUUAUUUUUGAAGAAAUCGUAAAUAGAUUGCCAUCUCAACAAUAUGUUAUUUUCUUAAAUACUUUGCCCGAUAUAGUGAAUAAAUACUAUGGAUGAUGACUGCAGAGAUCAAAGAAGAAACAAACCACAACAAAAGUUCUACAAACCUGGCAGUGGGCCUCUAAGGCGAUCUGGCUAUGGUUUGGAUGCUAAAGUUGACCAUUACGGGUCGCAGAAUUCUGUAAACGAUGAUUUAAGUGAACCUUCUAAGGAGCAAUUUAAUUCACGUAACAAGAAACCUGAACAACUAUUGUACGUACCAAGAUCUGGAGAUUCAAAUUCCGAUGUUGAUAGACAAGCUAAAGCAUCUAUGAGGUCUGAUAAUUCUAGUCAGUUCAAUAGAAAAAUGUACAAAAGACAAGACAAAUCAGGAUUUAAUAGUGGUGCAGGAUCCUAUUCAAGAGGGGGUCCAAGAAGGGACAGGUCAUAUGGUGACCAAUACAAAGAAGGAUCGAAUAAUGAUAUCAAUUCUAAUAGACAGCAUAGACAGGCCUCAGAAACAAGGUCAAUAUCUCCCACACAUUGUGUCCAAGAAAAAAAUCAUGUUGAUAGAAACCGUGACAGUCGAAGUAUGGAAACUUCUACAGGUCGACAUUUGACUGGUGCUGGAGGUAAGCCUCCCUCAGGUCGUAGAAAUUCUGCUGGCUAUAGCUCUGACUCAUCAAGACCUAAGUACAUGGUGAAUUUAGACAAUAUACCCCCAAGAUUUAGGAAAAGAUUUUUGGAGCAAUCUGGGCACCACAGUUUUGAAAGCAUGGAUCAUUUAAACAGAGACAGACAUGGUUCCAAUAGUUCUAUUGCACCUACUUAUAAUCAAAGUCAAUUUUAUAAUUCUAAUUUGAACUGGUCGCAAACUUUACCUUCAAGAGGUAGAGGUCGCCUCCGAGAUAAUGAAACUUUUGAUAGAGAAAAGUUUAUAAAUUCAUAUUUGAAAAACUAUGAAGUACAAAACUCUAGGCGAUCUACCCCCAGCAACUCAUACAUGAACUUGUAUGAUCCAAAUACUUUAGAUAAUAAAAGUGACCCGCCAGAUAUGACUAGCAGUGUUGAAACUGAGAAAGACUUUUAUGAUAGUACAUCUAAGAAUGGCAUGAAUAAACUAAAUGAUGUGUCCAAUAACCACAUAGAACCCCAAACACUGGAAAAUGAUAUUGAACAUGAGAAUGAGACAAUAUCACAAAUAACAACAAGUCUUCAGGAUAUGACUAAUCUUGACUGGACAGAAGAAGUAGAAAAAAAUAUUAAAUUAGAUGAAGUAUGUGAUACUUCUACUAGUUUCUCACAAAAUAUGAAAUCUGCUGUUUCACAAGAAAAUAAACCAGUAGAGCCCCGUGAAUCUAAAAGAAGUGGAAGGUCUAAACGCAAGGACCGAAGAAGUUCAAGCAGAGGCCAAAAAAAUUCUGAAAAGAAACAAGAACGUGUCAGGAAGGAUAGUAAUGCAAGUAUACAGCAUGACUCAGACAGAAACAGAAGAGACAGCAACGUGAGCGUGCAACAUGAAUCGAUAUUCACAAACCUGAAACACCGAGACAGAGAAAGAAGAGACAGCCACAAGAGUAAUCGCUCUUCUACAAUUGGAAAUAGCGGAGAUGACUUAGAUCGCUGGAGAUCAUUACGGUCCUAUAGCAGGGAACAAAGUACAGACGGGAGGAUCGUGUCACAGUGUAAUAGUAGAGACACUUCAGGAAAUCGAGCAUUAAGUCCCAGGGAUAAUGACGGCUUUAGAGUUCCAUGUCCCGUUUCCAAAUCAACAUCUAAUAACCAGAAGAGAAACAACGGAUCGUGGGCGAGCGGUCGAGCGCCGAGCAUCGAAGCCGGUCGCCAUUCGCCCGCGCCCAGUGUGGCGAGUGCCAGCGGGAAGAAUGGCGAGGGUGGCGGAGGGAGCCGUAGGUCCCGCAAGCGGUCUUCCCGCGGCCGCGGCAGGAACGCGGAGGCGGCUCAAGCGGCGCAUCACGCCGCAGCGCCCGCUGCCCCUGUCUCCUCUUCCGGCACUCUCAACUGGAGGGAGGAGAUCCUCGAAUCUAAAAAGCACAAUUCUCAUGACAAACCUGCUGAAAAUAAUCAACGUGUUAGAAAGAAUAGUACAAUGUCAGACAAAUCAGUUUCGGAGUCUUCGACAUCUCAACCAGGCUUAAUUAUACUGCCACAAAGUUCUAUAUCACACAUGCAAAAUAACCAAGGACGAGGAGGCUCCAUGGAACCCCAAAAAACAUUGUAUGAUCACCAUAAUCCAUCCAGACCAAUUAUUGUUCAAAAUAGUCCCUCCAAAGUGGACACCAGAAUGGAGCGAGCAAUGAAAGACACAUCUACCCGCGUGGCGUCGGGAUACGAAGCAGGAGACGCGGCGCGAGCGGCGCGCCACCGCGCACUAUUGCAGGAGGUAGACAGAGCGGACGCCUUAUUACAGGCGCGCAUAGUACGCGGCCCGCUUGGUUUGGCCGCCCAUUGGGAUGACGUCACCGAAACCAGAAAAUUCCUACAAAGUGCCCUACAGCGACUAUUAAUGUCUGAUCUCAAAUAUUGCCAAGCUGAUAACAUUGAACACCACUUCUGGAAAAUAUUGUACUAUAAUUUUAUAGAAUUAUUAAGGAAAAGUUUUCCACAAGUCUCACCUGAUGAUAAGCCUAAGAUAGUGAAGUUAAUCAAUAUAAUAAUUGAAGAAGGCAAUAGUUUCUUUGAAAGUCUGAUUCAGAUGUUAGAAAAGUGUUACAAAUUCAAUGUAGAUGAUUACAUAAACGACAAUCAUGUGGUGCCCCCCAAAGGACUUGGUUAUGUGGGUUUAGCCUUGAUCUCAGUUCAAAAAUUAUAUGUAUUCCUCGGAGAUUUAGCAAGGUAUAAAGAGCAAGUAAAUGAGACAAAUAAUUUUGCUAAAAGCAAGUUUUGGUAUACAAAAGCACAACAAAUCAACCCUAAGAACGGACGGCCAUAUAACCAAUUGGCAAUAUUAGCCAUUUACGCUAGGAGAAAAUUAGACGCAGUAUAUUAUUAUAUGCGAAGUUUAAUGUCAUCAAACCCGUUUCAUUCGGCACGUGAAAGUUUGUUAUCACUAUUUGACGAGAAUAGGAAAAAAUACGAAGCGGCAGAACGAAAGCGGCGCGCAGCAUUAGAAGGCGCUCGGAUCGGCGAGACCAGCGACGCGGGACAAUGCGGCAACUCGGGCCACGGGCUGCGGCGCGAGGUGUGGGUGCGGCCGAGCGGACACCGCACCACCACCGUCCAGCACGACACCAGAGACGAGCACCUGGCCACCAUGACUUCGGUCGAGUUGAAUAAAAGCUUCAUCACCAGUUACUUGCACGUCCAUGGAAAGCUUAUCACUAAAAUUGGCAUGGAGACGUUCCACGAAUGCGCAUCGGCUAUGCUGCGACAGUUCCGCGCGCUUUUGAACCGUCAGCCGCUGCCCACGCCUGCUGCGAGGCUGCUGCAACUGACAGCUCUCAACAUGUUCGCCGUAGAAACCACGGCCGCCUCGCUCAAAGAUGGGGGCAACAACGGCGAGCGCACAGCGUGGCUGGAAUGCUCACUGGGGGUGUCGCUGCUGAUGUUCGGCGCGCUGCUGGAGCGCUGCUGUGCGCUGCUACCGGAGCCUCCGCACACGCAGCAACACGCCGACGCGUUACUGCUCUUGCCUGCGAUAAAGGUGUGGUCCGACUGGAUGUUAUGCCACAGCAGUAUAUGGAAUCCACCACCAACUUUCGACAAUUUCGAGAUGGAAAGCGACAACGACCCUUGGGAUUGGCUUGCAAAGCUCAUGAACAUCCUUGAAGCUCUAGAUGACAAGUCAAUAGAACUUGAAAACGAACCAAAAGAAGGAUACGUAUCUGUACGUCUACCUGAAGACGCUUCGUUGGGCGGUUUCACGCCGCUGAUGUAUAUGGAGGCGGCGACGGCGUGGGUGCGCGCCGACCCGAACGCCUCGCACCACGCCGCCGAGCACGCGCUAAGGACCAGCAAGCUGCUGUUCUUCGGCACUGAGUACCUGGUGGGCGUGGAGCCGGCCGUGCUGCGGCUGGAGUACCCCGCGGGCGCCGCGCCGCGCUACGUGAGCGCCGUGCAGCGCGCGCAGCCGCUACACCCCCCGCUGCAGCACUUGUCGGAAGAUUCAGAAGAUGAAGAAAGUGUGAGCGGCACAGCAAGUGGGCCGACGAGCCUGGUGGAAGGGGUGGAGACGAGUCCUGAAGGCGCUGACGAGGCGACCAAGAAACUCCUGCGCCGCAAGGAACAGCUGGAGUCUAGGAAAGCUAAUUUCGAACGCCGCAGAGAGCGAAUGCAGGAGAUACUCCGCGGCGGCUGGGUGAGCGUGGAGGUGGAGAUCCGGCCGCGCUGGCUGGUGCCGGACACCAACUGCUUCAUCGACCACCUGCCGCUGCUGCAGGCCGUGGCCGCCGCGCCCGCGCAGCCCUAUACCCUGGCGGUACCUUUAGUGGUGAUGACGGAGUUAGAAGGCCUGAAGAAGUGUUCCCGCGUCGGUGCACACGCACUGGCGGCGCUGACGUGGGUGCGCGAAGACGCCUCGGCCGCUGCGGUUCGGUUGGCCACCACGCGAGGCUCCUUGCUGGCUUCGCGCGCGUUUACUGCCGAGCGCGAUCAACCACGAGCGACCAAUGACGAUCGCGUGCUGGCCACUGCGCUCAGUCUACACGAGAAUCUCGCCGCUGAAGCCGACGCUCGGAACGAAGACAACGGCGAGACGAAGUGCGUGCGCCGCGUGAGGGAGGUGGUGCUACUGACGGACGACCGCAACUUGCGAGUAAAGGCGUUAGCGGCCGACAUGCCCGCGCGAGACCUGCCAUCCUUUGUGCAGUGGGCCGGCGUCACCCACGCUACACCCCCGAAUAACCCACAGGCUCCGACAACCGAUGAGAAAAAUGGCGAACAUAACUGACGCGCAAGCCGAUAACUUACUAGAUCAUACUGUAUAAUGAACUUAAUUGAUAAUGAUAAUGCGGGACUUAAUUUUGUGGAAAGUGAUAAUUAUAAGAUCUACAAGCACGCCGCCAACAGUCAGUAGCUAGCUGUGACGCCCCGUGCGGCGCUCUGUAAUAGAAUAGGAAUUGAAUAGAUUAAGUAAAAUGAACACACCAAUAGACGGUUUAAAUGUUAAUAAUCUUUUGUUAAGAGCCUUAGGAUUCCUCUUUCUAGGCUACAUUUACUUUGUUAUCUUUACUUUUUUCAAUAUAUUUUCGAGGUAUUAGAUAAAUCGUAAAUUUAGAGUUGCUGAGCUAUUAUUUUAUAUUAACUUUUUUUUACAAGUUAAGUAUAUUUUUAUUAAUUUGUAGUUAGGUAAUAGUAAUAAAAUAUACUGUAUUACCUAUCUAUAACGUCAAGUACAGCUUGCGUAGAAUCUUUUUCACUUAUAGAUUAUUGUCAAUCGACUAUUAUUACUCGUACAGAAUAAAUCGACUGCACUUUAAUAAGAUUAAAUCAUCAUUAUCUAAUGAAGUUAUUUUUAAUAAAUUUUAGACGCAAAUAUUUUAAAGCAAAUAAUGUUAUUAAUGAAUUUGCAUGUGUGCAGCGAUGUGUCUUGUGCCAUUCGCCCAUCUUAAAUUUAUUUAGCGUGAAUUAUUGAAUGCAAUGUUUAGUGUAAGAAUACUUCAAUUAAUUAUAUUCAAUCAUCAACUUUAGCAUGACUUAGACUUCGUUCACCUAAUAUCUUUUAUACAUGCAUUGGGAAACUACAUCUCGUUGAUCAUCGUGUGCUAUUAAAAACUAUAGUUUAUCAUAACAAUUACACUACGUGAUUUUUUUUAUAUAAAAGUUAUACAUUUAAUGAAAUAAUAUACAUUUCACAGAUUUGCGUUUGUAUAGUUAAGAUUAAAAAGUAGUUAUAUCAAACAGCAGAACCAAUUUUACUUUUGGAAACUAAUUUUAGUUUUGUAUACAUAAUUACUUUACGAUUAGCAGUGUGUUAUUGCUUAAAAUUACAUGUAUCGCGAGCAUGACCAGAGUAUUUCUGAAUUUUAGUACAACAAACAUUAACUAACAAGAUAAAACUAUAAUGCUGAGUAAGUACAGAGUUAUAUAAAUAAAAAUUACAUGUUAUUCGACCUACUUGUGUUCACACAUCAUCGUGUUUAAAUUUCUAAAACAGGUUAUUGUAGAAAAAAAGGGUGUUGUAUAAAACAGAAUAUAAUAAAUAUAGACUCCUAUUAUAAUUAUUAAUAAUUAUAACGAGUUUUUAUUUUAAUUUUUGGAACGAAUUUGAUGCUGUUACUUUUGUCUUAAUCAUGACGUUUUAAUAAACAUUGAAUUACUUCGAAA